GGAGAGCGUCUCUGCUGAGGGCUGGAUUUGGGUUUGAGUUGGAGAAGUUUCUACAGCAGGAGUGUCAGUUCAUUUUGUAAAGAUUUUCUAAUAUAAUGCCUGUGUUUUAUAGGGGAUAAGAUAAGUCUGUUCCUUCGGUUUGCUGUCUUUUUUUCCAAUUAUCUGCCUAACGUUGCGUUUUUUGGCCACAGAGAUAGCUCGCUCGCUAUUUUCCGGCUACAUAAGCUUGUGGUAAAUGUUUUUGAAUAAUUGUUAACAAUGGAGAAGGUACGAAAAAUCCUUGUUCACUUGUCGAAGGAUAACGCAGCCCCGCAGUGUGCCCGGUUUGUUCAGAGCAUUACUGGGCACUUUACAGGAAGUGUUGACGACCAAGCCACUGUGAAUUGCUCCCUCGAGAAUAAUCGAUUUGUUCUUUGUGAGGGGAGUCAGGAAGGGGGCGUUCCCCUGAAGAGGGCGCCGUUCUGCCCAAUCAAAUUCCUCUCUCACUCAGAGGCAGCCUCCCUACCUCCAGAUACACUGAACCGUGGGGUGGAUGUGGGCGUGGCCGUCCUGCUGGAGACGGCCAAUCAGAGGCUGUUGCUGACCAGGCGGGCUGCAACUCUCAGGAUUUUCCCCAAUGUCUGGGUCCCGCCUGGUGGUCAUGUGGAAAUGGAUGAAAAGCUGCUGGACGCAGGCCUGAGGGAGCUGAGGGAGGAGACUGGGCUCAAACUCAAUCCUGAAGACAUCUCCUCUACUCGACUCCUGGGCCUCUGGGAGUCUGUGUAUCCACCCAUGCUGUCCCGAGGACUACCCCAGAGGCAUCACAUAGUCACGUACAUGCUGCUGUCUAGUCGCCUCACAGACUUGCAGCUACAGUCCUGUCUGAGGCCAGAGCCUGGGGAGGUAAGUGGAUGUGUCUGGGCUGAUGUAGGUCUGGUCAAGGCCAUUAUAUCUGCUGUGGAUGGAGAGGAGAAUUCUGUUCAUUUACCUGCUGAUCUGCCUCAGUAUGUCAGUGUGAUGGAGGUGUCUCCAGUAGGUGAGCUUUCUGAGUCCAUGGUGCCGGUGUUAGUGUUCUGUAACCGAGCCACAGCGCAGGGUGAGGAUGUGGAGCGGGUUAGUACCGGAACAAAGUUCGCUUUAGAGCUCUGGCUGAAGAUCCUAGAAGCUCACUGUGAGAAGACCUAAAACCAGCAGACUCUUCCUCUUUCUGUCAGCCCUCAUCUGUGGAACCAAUGAAGCAAGGCCUUUAGGAUCACUGUGCCAUUGGCUUGUUGUCCUGUUAAUCUUUCUGCAUCCAAGUUAUCAUACCUGGCUGUUACCUUCAGUGAAUCAUUGU